AUUCUAAGAACCCGGACACUCAGGUUCCUACCAUGGUGCUGGGUCCUGAACAGAACAUGCCGGAUGUCCACUGCAGAGGCGGGGGAGCCCUUCAGCACCUACUUUGAUGAGAAGAUCCCCAUCCCUGAGGAGCAGCACUCUUGUUUUAGCUUUCGUAAACUCUGGGCUUUCACUGGACCAGGAUUCCUCAUGAGCAUUGCCUACUUGGACCCAGGAAACAUUGAAUCUGAUUUGCAGUCUGGAGCAGUGGCCGGAUUUAAGUUGCUCUGGGUCCUUCUGUUGGCUACCAUCGCGGGACUCCUGCUUCAGCGCCUUGCAGCUAGGCUGGGCGUGGUAACUGGACUGCAUCUGGCUGAAGUGUGUCACCGGCACUACCCCAAGGUCCCACGAAUCAUCCUGUGGCUGAUGGUGGAGUUGGCCAUCAUUGGCUCAGACAUGCAAGAAGUCAUUGGCUCCGCCAUUGCCAUCAACCUCUUGUCUAUAGGAAGGGUUCCUCUAUGGGGUGGAGUUCUCAUUACCAUCGCAGACACCUUUGUGUUUCUCUUUCUGGACAAAUAUGGCCUGCGGAAACUAGAAGCAUUUUUUGGCUUUCUUAUCACUCUUAUGGCACUCACAUUUGGAUAUGAGUAUAUUACAGUGAGACCCAGCCAGAGCCAGGUGCUCAGGGGCAUGUUCGUUCCGUCGUGUUCGGGCUGCCGCACACCGCAGAUCGAGCAGGCUGUGGGCAUCGUGGGAGCUGUCAUCAUGCCACACAACAUGUACUUGCAUUCUGCUUUAGUGAAGUCUAGGCAGGUGAACCGGGCCAGUAAGCAAGAAGUUCGAGAAGCCAAUAAGUACUUUUUCAUUGAAUCCUGCGUUGCUCUCUUUGUUUCCUUCAUCAUCAAUGUUUUUGUCGUCUCAGUCUUUGCUGAAGCAUUUUUUGAGAAGACCAACGAGCAAGUGGUUGAUGUGUGUAGAAAUAGCAGCAGUCCCUACUCUGGCCUCUUCCCUGAAGAUAACGCGACACUGGCCGUGGACAUCUACAAAGGGGGUGUCGUGCUGGGCUGCUACUUUGGGCCUGCUGCUCUGUACAUCUGGGCUGUGGGGAUCCUGGCUGCAGGACAGAGCUCCACCAUGACUGGAACUUAUUCUGGUCAGUUUGUCAUGGAGGGAUUUCUGAAUCUCAAAUGGUCACGUUUUGCCCGAGUGAUUCUGACACGCUCCAUUGCUAUCAUCCCGACUCUGCUUGUUGCUGUCUUCCAAGAUGUAGAACAUUUAACGGGGAUGAAUGACUUCCUGAAUGUUCUGCAGAGCCUGCAGCUUCCUUUUGCUCUCAUACCCAUCCUUACAUUCACGAGCUUGCGUCCUGUCAUGAAUGACUUUGCCAAUGGAAUAGGCUGGCGGAUUGCAGGAGCAAUCUUGGUGCUGAUCGUCUGUUCCAUCAACAUGUACUUUGUGGUGGUGUAUGUCCAGGAACUAGGCCAUGUGGCGUUGUAUGUGGUGGCUGCUGUGGUCAGUGUGGCAUAUCUGGGCUUUGUGUUCUACUUGGGUUGGCAAUGUUUGGUUGCACUGGGCAUGUCCUUCCUGGACUGUGGGCACACGGUAAGCAUCUCUAAAACCUUGCUGACUGAAGAGGCCACCAGUGGCUACACUAAGUAAACACUGGAGACUAUGUCUGCUGAAGGUAGCCAUCAGAGCCAGUGUGUUUCUAUGGUUUACUGUGUGAACAUAGCCAAAAGUAUGUGCUGUUGCACAGGCUGCAUUCAAUGUUGCUUGGAAAGGACUCUUUCAAGUAUGUUUGAAGACGUUUUUUUAAUCUUCCUGACCUCCUAAAUUGGGAAUGCAUCGAAAGGAUCUUUGAGAAGUAGACUUAGCUGCUAUAUUCCAAACACUAAACUCUUUUUAAGUAGCUGCCCAAGGGCUCACUUGUGUUACUCUGCUGAGAGAGAAUCCUCCAUGUAUGGUCUUAACCAGGGUAACUGUUUAAAAAGAACUUGGAGAUGUGGUUGAUUUUUUGUAGUGCAAACUACAGAAUGGGUAUGCAAAUUUUGCCUAUCUUGAUAAUGAUUUUAAAAGGCUACAUAAUACUUUUUAUGCAUACUCUUACAACUAUUUGAAUCAUUAGAAACUUGACCUGGAGUUGUUUCAUGAAAGACACCUCUUUGGGGUUCAGAAUUGUUUGUGUAUGCUGUGAGACAUUGAGAAAGUGUGAUGAAGAUGAAAAAUGGAAAAGCGAUCAAGCUCACUGUAUGUGGUGGUUAUGCAUCGGCUCUGAGAGGUUUUUCUCAGAGAUGGAAAGUUUAUCAGGAGUCCUGAUUUUGAAAACCUUUAUACUAGUACAGAGCUUUCCCUGUCAUCUCAUAUACAUAUGAUUGUAUACUUACCUGGCAGGAGAGAACAUAUGAUUGUAAAACUGUCUUCCUUCUGUAAGGGGGGAGGGUGAUAGAAAAAGAUUGUAUCAUUAACGAACUGACAGGUUGUGAGAUUUGAGGAUUAGGGAAAGGGAAAGAAGAGCCAAGUGCUGUGUUCCCCAAAACCACCUCUGGCUAGAAUCCUGUUUCUCUGAUGCAUCGCUGCUCUUUGUGCCCAAGGUGACUGGGCAGCUACUCAGGAGCAAUGACUCUCACUGCGGCAGAGUUCUCCCACAGCCUUUUGAGCAAGUCCGUAGUAUCACUGUGCUUGUGUUAAACUGUGUUAAACUGGACUGUCUCUAGAGCUGUUCCCUCAGAGGGAAAGACUUUAGGACCAGCUGGUGGAGCUGUGGAGUCAGAGGAAGUGUCUUCAGCUUGAAGCUGCUCUUCUUCAGCCACUUGAGACAUUUUUACAUGUGGAGCCGGAGCCGGUGUGAUCACCUCAAAUCAAAUUUCUGGUGGAGUAAUCAAGUCUUUUUAUAUCCAGUGAUGUGGUGAUAACAGUAGUGGAAAUGACAUUGAAGGACUUCUUAUUUUUGAAGUUUUCCUCUGAAUCUGGUCGAUUAAUGUUCUCUGUUCAUCUGAAAUCUUCGAAGCAUUAUUACUGGUAUUUUGCACACAAAGAACAGACUGGAUGGAGUCUUUCUGUAAAGCAUUAUGAGUGAGCUGUGUUUCCUGCCCAUGCAUUUUCCUUAGCCCUUCAGGUAAUACAGCACAGAAUCACAAUAGCAAUCCCCGACCUCCUCUUGCCUUCCGCCCUUCCUCUCCUGUCAUCGUCCGAGGGAGGGCGCACAGGUACCCCGGGAAGGCACAGCCACUGGCAUCUUGAACUCUCCCUUGGCUACAGUAGGGGAGACCAGACUGACAGACCGUUCUUUAUGAAGAUGGUACGAUAAUACUUCAUUCACAAGUGUUUAGGAUCCCAGGUUAAAAGCUGCUAGUAUUCUUUUAAAAGUUAUCUUUAAGACUUGGAAUGAUGAAAAGUUUCUUUCCAGUUAAUGACAUUUUAUAAUACUACAUGUUUAGGAUCUCACGGUGUUAAAAACACUCCCAAGUGUUACUGAGUUUGAUCCUCACAGAGAAAAAGUGAACUUGAACACUGUGUCUGCUGUGAAUGACGUGUAGAAGUGUGUCAUCUAACGCAGCAUGUGCAGUGUGUCUCGGCAGAGUGUGCUGAAUGCUUAAGCAUGUGCAGGUGUACUUCAUGUAAAUUGGUCCUUGUUCUCUCUGAUUGUGAUAUGAAAACCUUGUGCUGUAUACUCAAUAUUAGCAGGGCGGGGUAGAGCCUCAGCCUGGCUUCUGUGAGAUCCUGUUUGUGCUGUUAGGAGUGGUUACUUAAGUAACCCCGUUUUACAAUGUGUAAACAUGAUUUGUAAUUAAAAACUUUUUCCAGUU